UAUGUAUCGAAUCGACUUCAAUUUGUACCGAAACUACUUGUAUCGCAACGACUUUGUAUCGAAACGACCGGUAACCACGAAUACGAUGAGUGGUGUGGUUACGAUAAUGAAAGGAAUUACUUUCCCUUCGUUCGCUUGGAAAAAUUGUUUUCCCCGCGGAAUGUCCGCUGGAGGAUAGAGGCAACGUUUUUCACGGGCGAUUGUAUCGUUGCAUCAAGAGAAAGUUGUGGUCCGGCAGCAAAGAUGACCCCGAGGUAUGCAUAGCUAGAAUUAAAUGUGGAGACUUUGAAAUGGUAUAAAUUAAAAAGCUGCGGGAAUAAAUAGAAGAAAUGAGGAAUUAUUCAAUAUCCGAAAAUUUAGAAAUCGAACUGUUCGAAAAUAUAAUUAAGCUCCUAUUAGAAUAUUCAUCAUCACUUCAAAUUACUUACUUUUUAAUCUCGUAAGUGUACGAAGGACCGUUCUGCUGGCUGAAUUUCUCACCAUUUUCGCCUUGAAAAUUAUCUUCAACUGCAGAAACCGUCAUGGUACAAGCGAAGAGAAGAAAGAGAGCAAGAUGAACCUUCGAAGUCAUUUUGUCCCACCGAAAUCUGCACAAAUCCCAACAAAUUACAUAUUAAAACGCGGCAAAUUAAUUCAACUCUUUGAAUUUGGCGGUGCAUUUAUUAUUCCGAGCAUGCACUGUCGAGCCAGUCCAGUUUUUCUCGACCCGCUGCUUUCAAGACCGAUCACGCUUUUGUAAAUUUACAUCCAAACCGACGGAAAAAAAUAUAAAAAUGCCCCAUCAAAAUCUUGACAAAACAAGAAUCGCAGAAAGGCGAUUUUUAACUGGGCUGCAAAGGGGCUAUUUGUUCUGAGGGGAGGGGGCGGCUAUACACACUUAGGCUACCAUAAAACCUUGUCGGCAACCAUUGCAUGCAACAGAAUCUCAUGUGAGACUGAAACAUAAACUCAUUCAGACUCUUUUGAAAGACUUUCGUAACCAAAAAAAAAAGAGUACCAUUUUUAAGUGGGGGCUGUAUAAUAACUUUUAAAUUCCACCAUUAUGAAUAAAAAUAAACAAGUUAGCCAUUAACUCUUAACAGGAAACAAUCUGCAUUAUUUCCACGCACCCCUCCCCCAAUCCCUCUGUGCCCCAAAAUAUAGCGUGACAGUAUAACGUGACUAAUUUGACGUAACCGGAAAUUCCAAAAAUUGUUGUCCUUCUAGCAAGAUACAGAUACAAACAAAAGCAAACCCCCUGAAACCUCGACGUGGGCUACGCUUGUAUGCUCUACUCAGUCACCAAACCUUGUCAGUAAUAGCUCCUAUUUUCCUCAAGUCGCUCUCUGUGAAGCUCCCGGAUGGGAUGUCCCGGAGAAGCUUUAAACUUGUGUUCGAAAUUCUCAGAGUUCCUAUUUUUGUCCGUGUCUUCUUUAUCCUCAGUAUCCGAAAUUUAGACCUCCAAAGUGGCGUGUGUUGCAUUAAAUAGAAGGAAAUAUUUAAAGGAAAAGCCAGUCUUCUAACAUGGCAAAGUUGUCACGUCCCUCGCUCACGGACGUGCGUCACAUCAGGAUUUCAUCUGCCAUUCAUCGGCAACUGAGUUGUUCACUUCACUGACUAUGACGGCUUACAAUCAAGUCUUCAGCCAUAGUGUCGUCAACUUGUGAAAUACUUUGCUCAUAAAUUGUGCUUCUUAAUUGCUCAUGUACUACAUCGAUCGAUAGUUCACGAAGCGGCCACGGCGUUCCAAACCUGAUGCUCACAGUCAUCUUUUCAGUCUUUUAGUAUGAACCUACCGUGAACGGCGUGUCGGUUUGAAUGCAACGCGAGCAUUUCUCUGAGUUUCCCAGCGCCAACAUCAUCUAACUGACUUAAACUCGAACAAUAAAAAAAUUAUAGAGUGACUCCCAUGAUCGAAUUGCUUUGAACAACGCAAAUAGCCUUCUUCAGGUUCGUAACGCCUUGUGGGUUUUUCAGGGGGAGCACAGACAAGGUACAAAAAGUAUCAGUGCAAGGCUCCGUGCAAGAGAAACUCAAAUGAAACCAUUUGUGAAAACAUCGUUUCUCGAUACCAGACCCUCGUGUCUUCCCUCCCCCGGGAGACCACUUUUUGACACCAACGACCGAAAGCCCAUUUUAUGACCGGGCCGCACAGGCAGCCCAGUAAUAACCCAAGUUUUUCACCACUAGUAGCUUAGAUAGCACUUAGCUCAAUACCGGUGGUGCAUUUGUGAUACAUCUCCUACUUUGAGAAAGAAAGGCAAUAUUCUGCAGAAAAUAGCGUGUUUUCAGCUCUAUUUUACCGGAAGUUGAGGCCACCUGAUGUGACAUAGGGCAAAUGUCGCAAUGAGUUUGAUAUGUAAACACCAAUUUGGCUUCAGGAAAAAUUAUUCCACUGAGCAAGCAAUUCUUGAACUCACUGACAGUCUUAAAAUGAAAAUUGACAGCAAUGAAGCUAUAUGCAGUAUCUUUCUUGACCUAUGUAAAGCCUUUGAUACUGUCAACCAUCAGAUCCUGCUACAGAAAUUGUACAGAUACGGGAUCUGUGGUGUCCCUCUCCAGUGGUUUAAAAGCUAUCUUGAAAGCAGAACACAGUAUGUUUAAGUUGAAAAUGUUAAAUCAAACCCACUUUCUAUCCAAUGUGGUGUACCACAAGGUUCUACCCUUGGCCCACUUCUGUUUUUGAUAUAUAUCAAUGACAUACCGAGUUGUUUAGAAAAGGCAAAUAUUAGAACAUUUGCUGAUGACACCACUCUAUUCUACUCUUCCAAUUCUCUACAGGACCUUGAAAAAACUAUAAAUGAGGAAUUCAACCAUCUUCUUAGCUACUGCUCACCUAAUAAACUUUCUGUAAACUUUAAGAAAACCCACUAUAUGACAAUCUCCUCCCCCCCCCAAAAAAGCAAAUAAACUUAAGCUUAAUUUAUGCAAUAUUGAAGAAAAAAACUACAUCAAAUACCUAGGUAUGUACAUUGACAAAAAUCUAAAUUGGGCUACCCACAUUCAGCACAUAAACAGCAAAAUAUCUAAAAACUUGGGAAUCCUUUUCAGGUUACGCCAUUUCUUAACUUUAAACACCCCCAAACAAAUAUGUUACUCACUUAUCUACCCCUUCCUUCAUUAUGGAAUUAUGAGUUGGGGAAACACAUACCCAAGUAGAUCAACUAAAGUUCAAACAAAACAAGACACUACGGAGCAUACACUUCGGCGUCGUGGUUGUGGAACUGAUUAAUUGUAAAUGCGGAGGAAUAGUAAGAAAUGAAAUAUUUUGGUAAGAGUAAGGUGUUAAUUUGUGAAAUUAUGGGAUUUGUCAGGAUAUUCUGAAAAUAGCAACAUCCAAGAGGCCUACUUGCCAAAAACUAGAAUUUCGCAACAAAUUGUCUUUUAGAUAUGAGCCCAGUUAUGCUCUGAUGACUCCAUACAAAUCCUUCUAAAUUUGACUUGGGUCAAAACGUUUAGACCUAGGUCAAAUAUGAGGUUACUGGCGGGGAAUAACAAGUCUAACAAAACAAACAGUAAAAAAAGAAUUCUCUAUUUUUCUUAGUCACAUCAGGCUUCAAAAACAGCAUAGCAGUCUCAUGUACUGAUUAAAGAUAUGUAAGGCAUGGGUAAGGAGUCAAUUACGUUGAGCAUGGAAUUGGCUAAAACUCAAUGCUACGAGUUCGAAUGUUUUGAGGGUAAUUAUUCAGACUUUCAGCACGCAAGGAUGUCGGAUUAACAUAAGGAAGUUUAAUACCAAAGGAACAUAGCCUUUACAGAGCUUUAAGACACAGCAUCCGCCAACACAAACUUGACUUGAACUUAAGUAAAACUAAACAGCCUCUACCAAUAAUAACAAACUCUCACUUGACCUUCAGAUAUCUUGCGGCUUCCGCCAACUUGUAAACACAGAACUUGAAAAUCGACCUUCGUCACACUUGACUAAACACAGCAGUCCAGCUCGUGGGGAAAAAACUUAGUCAAAAGAACUUGCUUGGAACUUGUAUACCGUUUGACAUAAGGUUUUAGAAAAUACUAAACAGGCGAAUAGUAGAAGCUUUUCGACAUAUCUUAUGAUUUCAGUAACUGAUGCAAAUCCGCUCACUCAUGCUGAAAUGUAAACAUGCCCUAAUUAAUUAUUCAUGAAUAAUCCAAAAACGUAGAGAACGUUCGAGAAAGUCAGGCAAUGCAUGAAAGCAAUUUUACUACGUAUCACUCAACAAAGACAAAAUGUCUUUGUGCAGCAUUUUGUAACUUAAAAUUCAUCAUAAAACAGUUUGAAAGGAGGGCUCACUCGUGAAAUGUUUUUCAACACUUGAAGAGAAAUUUCGUGUCUCUGUGCCGCCACGUAAUAUCCUCUAUUUAUUCCUCGAGUAAAUUAAAGACUAAAACUCGAAGUGAUCUCAAGAUAUCACGAAUUAGUCCGGUCUCAUUUCGUGAAAUAGCCAAAACAAGACAAAAAGUCACGCACUUGCACGCCCAAUCUUGUCCCAAAAUUAUUGUAUCAUUUCAUAACUAUUUUUCAUAUCCCGAACUAUCUUGGGUCGCAGUAGCAUAAUUGGCUAAUCCCUCAACUUAGAGUCUCCUCUGAUCUGACGGGUCACACAGGUGAGUCGGUUCAAACCCCGGGAAAGCCACAAUAUUAAUUCUUUCUUCCUCAAAAAAGUUAAAGAAUAAAUCAAAGAAAUCGAAGUGAUCUCGAGAUAUCUCGUACUAAUUCGGCUCUCACUUCAUCAAAUAGCCGAAUAAAACCGAAAACCUUCAGACUUUGCGUGGCCAAUGUUGUCAAAAAAAGUCAACUUUGAUACAUUCCUGAGCGUUGCGAAUCCUUUACUUCGUGCUCCGCCGAAGUAAUAAAUGUAUACGCUUCAUAUUUUUUAGCCAUAACAGAACAAGUAGUACACCCUACCUCAAACUUCUAGAUAUACUUAACAUAGAUAUAAGCAUUUUUAAACUCAAAAUCUCUUUGCUAGCUCACAAAAUCACACAAACACACAUUUAAGUUUAAUUGCCAUAACCAAAACUUGGGAAGAGAUUCCUACUAAGAUAAAAACACUUAGCUACCAUAAGUUCAAAAAAGAAUACAAGCGAAUUCUAGUUAACUCUCAUAGAUAACAAUGUUCACAUAAAAUGACUGCUGACAUAAUCGUCCAUAGUUGCCAUGGCACCAAGAGCACAUUUAUUACGUAUUUCCACUCAUAAUAUAGUGGUGGUUAGCUCGAAAGCUAAGCUCCUCUGACCACUGUACACUUCUAUCCAAGCCAUUAAUUUUCUUUUUUCCUUCUUCUCCUUUAUUAGUGUAUUCCUACCUUACUAUAUAUAAUGUAAAUAUUUUAUUAAAGUGUGAAUAAAAAUUGAAUUGAAUUGAAUUGCUUCCGUGUGACUUGGUCUGCUCUGCAGCGAGGGGGCUGCAGCCCCCCCAAAGUUUGAGCAACUCAGAGCUUUUGGGCAGUAAGAGAAAAUUUGGGCAAAGCCAGUUUUUAAAGACGUUUCCAUGUUUUUUAUUAUUAUUAUUUUAAAGAGAUAAAUAUUUCCUAUUUUAUCGUGAAGUCAGUGGUUGCCUAGCACGUGAUGAGUUUCUGGUUAUAAGGGAAUGGUAUCAUAUGCUGACUUUUUUUAUUGCUGGUCACUGUACUGCACUGCACUAGCUGGAAAGGCCCAUUUCUACGGGGUUCGCACGCACCUUGAAAGUCCUUGAAAGUCGUUGAAAUUUGAAAUAAAAAGUUCAAGGCCUUGAAAGUCCUUGAAAAUUGUAGUCGGUGCUGGAAAGUCCUUGAAUUUCGGUGCUAACUUUAUCCAACCCAGAUUCUCAAGUACCUAAUAUGAAAGACCUUCAGGCUAAAAUUGCUCAUGUUGUGGUAGAACUAAAAAAGACAUAGACUCAAAUCUCUUUUUUGCACUGAAUGGAGUCCUUGAAAAAUGCGAAAUGUGUCCUUGAAAGUCCUUGAAAAGUCCUUGAAGUUUUUGUUCAAAAAAGGGUGCGAACCCUGUUUCUAGUAGUGAAUUGAUUAGAAUAAGCUUCCGCAUAACUUUCUAGAAUCACCUCCGCUCCUAGAAGAGUGUAUGGCAGAUAGCAUCAGCAAUAGGUCUGAAAGUGAAGAAGUGGCUGCAGACUAAUUCGCAGUUUGAAUUACGAAAGAAUCUUAAUUUUUUACAAAAAAUCUAUCGAGCGGUUUAAAAAUUAUUCACUAAUUUGUUUUAAAAAAAGUAGACCGAAAUGUUUACAAAGCCCCUAAAAAGAGCGUCAUCUUACUUCUUUAUAGCAAUUGGCCAGAGCUAUCUCCAUGAUCUUUCACACACGUUUUUAAAGAGACUGAAACUACUAUGAGGUGAAAUUACAUGUCAUAAGCGCUUCAUUUUCUUCAGAUAAUGACUAUAAACAUCAAGAUUUUCCUUUUUUACCGUAUUUCUAACAAUAAAAACUUCAUCCCAAAAUAUUUCGAUAAUGCUCUUAUACAGUUAUAAUUUAUUAUUAAAAGAUAAAACAACUUCUACUUAAUUACAGCACUGACAGCAGAGCGCCACAUGUUUUCUGAUAAUGUGUGGCCAGCAGUGUGAUUGUACUGUGAAAGCAAUGAUAACCAGAUUCUGCUAAACAUUGAAUGUUCAGAAUUAAAAAAAUUGGUUGACAUUGUGAUUAAAGUCACACCUACAUCAAGUAUUAGGACUAAUUGGUACUACUAGGACAGUCAUUUUAAUUUCUUAUUUUUCCCUUUCAUCAGCAAUGGCUGCCUCAUCCAGUCAACCUGAGACUAU